ACCCGCGGCUACCGAAGAAGGGGAGGAGGAGGAGGAGGCGGAGAAGGAGAAGGAGAACGCAGAGCCGCGGAAGCCACGCACACCGCGAUCGCCGACCCGGCUUGCGCUGCCUGCUGCUCGCUCGACGCCCCUAGAUCACUCCCACCCCGAGAGCCCGGAGCCGAGAUGGAAACGGUCCAGGAGCUGAUUCCUCUGGCCAAGGAGCUGAUGGCGCAGAAGCCCAGCCGGAAGCUGGUGAGGCUGUACGUGCUGGGCGGCGUGCUGGCGCUCUUCGGCGCCGUGCUCGGCCUGAUGGAGACCUUGUGCAGCCCCUUCACGGCCGCCGGCCGCCUGCGGGAGCGGGAGGCAGCGGUGGCCGAGCUGCAGGCCGCCCAGGAGCGAAAGGCCAUCCGGGAGCGGGCCCUGCUGGAGAAAAGCAAGCAGCUGGAGGCCGUCCAGGGCUGCCGGGCCCAGACCAACCGGCUGCACGCCUCGUAGGAACCCUGGGGGCCGGCGGAGGGAGGGGGAGAGAGACACACAGAGAGAGGAGGGUGAGGCAGAGCGCGAAGAUCAGGCUCGAGUGGGCGUCUUGUGCUGUUUGGGCUUCUGAGAAGCUACUGACUUUAGAACUGAACUACCACGUGGAUCCACCAAAAGGGGUUUGGGAUUGAGUUUUGCUGCUGUGCAGCACUGCAGGAUGACAUGUCCAAAACCUUCCAGCUAUCUGACUGCAUCCAGCAUUUUGCACUAGGGUGAACGGAGGAGAAAUGCUUUUUAUAUUAUUAUUGUUGUUAUUGUUAUUAUUAUUAUUAUUACAGUGACCACCAUUUUGCAUUUUGAAAUAAAAAACGUUUUGUACUAUA